AAUAACCAGAAGGGAGAGUUACACGUGGUUUUUGACGUGUUUUCAAUGCCGGGGAUGGUGGGGAGGGCUACCUUUUGACUGGCGGUUACCGGACGAGACCAUCAUCACUUCAAAUCCACUUGGUCACCACACGCAUGAAAAUGGCAGCAUGGUAAUGUGGAGCGUGGACUCCGGAAUUCCUCGAUGCCGCUGUCGCCCCACCGUGCCUUCGUGAGUGUCACCGCCGCGCCGAGACCCUCCACCACCAUGGCAUCGCCGCUGCCCCCACGCCUCACAUCUGUCAGAACGGCUUCGGUGGUAAUGGUGGUUAUCGUCGUGGUGCUCCUGAUGUCGGCGUCCACCGCGGAGGGCUCCCAGGGCGACAAAGAGCCGGUGUACCGGGAUUGCGUGAAGCAAUGUGUCCAAAGCAACUGCACCGGAGCUCAGUUAUGGUGGUACCAGACAGUCCAGCCGCAGUACAUGGCGCUGACAGGAUGGACUUGUCGUGACGACUGUCGCUAUGAGUGCAUGUGGACCACUGUGGGUCUUUACCAGGCUGGAGGCUACAAUGUUCCACAGUUCCACGGCAAGUGGCCGUUUACACGCUUCCUGUGCUUCGAGGAGCCGGCGUCCGCCCUCGCCUCUCUCCUCAAUGGCCUGGCGUGCCUUCUCAUGCUGCUGCGCUACCGGAGCACCGUGCCACGCCAGAGCCCCAUGUUCCACACCAUUAACGCCUUCUCUCUGGUGUCGCUCAACGCCUGGUUCUGGUCCACAGUGUUUCACACCCGUGACACCUUCCUCACUGAGAAAAUGGACUAUUUCUGUGCUACUGCAGUCAUUCUCUACUCCAUUUACUUAUGCUGUGUGAGGACGUUGGGCCUGAAGCACCCUUGGGUGUCCAGCAUCGUGGGGGUGCUGCUCAUCUUGGCCUUCACGUCGCACAUCUCCUACUUGACCUUCGUCAGGUUCGACUAUGGCUACAACAUGGCUGCCAACGCCUGCUUUGGCAUGGUGAACCUGCUGUGGUGGCUUUGCUGGUGCUGGAGCAACCGGCGGACGCUGCCGUACUGGUGGAAGUGUGGCCUGGUGGUAGUGCUCAUGCACGCCCUGGCCCUGCUGGAGCUGUUGGACUUCCCGCCUUAUCUGUGGGUCCUGGACGCGCACGCCAUUUGGCACCUGAGCACCGUCCCCGUGCACUUCCUUUUCUACAGUUUCCUGAUCGACGACAGCCUCUACUUGCUGAACACCGAGAAGCUGGGCGUCAAAGUGGAGUAGGGGCGGAGUCCCGUUGUCCGACGGCACCGGAUCUCUCCAAUCGCGGCCGAUGAAGCCCCCGACGUAGAAGUAGACCCGCCUCCCGCCUGACCUGCAUGACACCUUCCAUCAGGCACAUCAGUUUACAUUGUUUUAUUGGAAUUAUUUAUUUCCUUUUUAGUUGCCUUAUUAAUCAUGUUGAAAAACAGGGUGAAAGUGAAAUAGUUAAAGAUUUGAGAAUCGACAUUCUUUUUCGUCCAUUGAAGAAUUUCUUUCCCCAAGUCUGAGUUCAGCACAAAUGCAGUUUAUGCUUCCCUUUGAUAGGGGGCGCCAACAUCCCCUGUGUCGAAAGUGGCAGAGUGGUGCCCCCCCCGCCGUUUGGUGGAUUGUUCUAGAAAGAAUGGGAGGAGGUUAUUGUUUGUUUUUGCUGACUGGUAUAUUUUUCUUUUUUAUUUUGUGCCUCUGUUGGCUCCUUUGCUGCUUUUGUUCAUCUUUUAUUUUUUUAAUCUAUCACCCACUUCCUUAAUUCUUAUUUUUUUUAAUUACUUUAUGGUGCUUUAUUUUUUUUAAUCACUCUAGAGUGGGAUGUGCUUGACGUGCAUCAUGAAACUGAGAUAUUUUAUUCACCUGGA